AUGGCCGCUGGGCGGUGGUCGCUGCGUUCCCACAAGGCAAAACCUCUCCGCUGUGACUCGUAUGAUACCGCUAAGGAGGCGACCGACGAAGCUUCUUUAGCUUCCAUGGAGUGGGACACGCAGGUGGUGGACGGGUCCUCGCCGCUCGGGCCUGCGGGCCGGGGGUCGGAGGAGCCGGCCGCCGGCCCGCGGAUGCCUGCGUGGCUGCGGCCCGAGAGGUGCGCCGUGUUCCAGUGCGCGCAGUGCUACGCGGUGCUCGCCGACUCGGUGCACCUCGCCUGGGACCUGUCGCGGUCCCUCGGGGCCGUGGCCUUCUCCAGAGUCACCAACAACGUGGUUUUGGAAAAGCCGUUGCUAGUGGGUAUCGAAGGGGCGCUGAAACUGAGUAUUUACAACCUUUUGUUCUGUAAUUCCUGUGGGAUUCCCAUUGGUUUCCAUCUCUAUUCUACAUAUGCUGCCCUGGCUGCCCUGAGAGGUCAUUUCUGCCUUUCCAGUGACAAAAUGGUGUGCUAUCUCCUGAAAACAAAAGCCAUAGUGGAUGCAUCUGAGAUGGAUUUUCACAAUAUGCCCUUGGCAGAGAAGAUUGCAGAGCUGAAAGAGAAGAUCAUGCUGACACACAGUCGCUUACAUUCCCUAGUGAAGACCCUGCAGCAGGCGGCUCCUGAACAGAGCAAGAGCAGGACCAACACAGAACCAAGAUUUGGGAAUGGGGUCUAGGCCCCCUACGGUCUUCAGCCACCAGUGCCAUCUGGUCAGUUCUGAGGAACCACUGGGGCAGGAUGUGCUGUGUGCCUGUAAGCUGAUGUUCUGAGUGACUUCUGUAGCUGAAAGACUAAAGCCUUCUAUGUAUAUUCCGUGGCCAUUUGUUUUAAGAACCUAGCCAAUUUCCUAUCAAUUUCGUGAUACUUAGCUCUGAAAACAUCUUGCUUUGUUAUUUAGGAAUUAGAAAACAAUAUCUCAUGUGUCCCCUU